UUGUGUGUUGUUGAUUCAGAUGGGGGAAGUUUCCCACGUUAUAACCUUUCCUCGAAAUUUACCGGUGGUCGUUAACCUGAAUCUCUCUCCAUUGACUUGGGUUUGCUUUCUCAGUGUGUUAUCAAUGGCGGUCUAGUCUGAGUCCUCUGAUUCUCUCUCCGAUUUCGGAAUUUGUGGUUUUCAUCGGAUGGUUGAUGGACAACAGAGGUGGAUUCUCCGAUUCCAACGAAAUCAGUUACACCACGACGGAGGACACUGAAUCAUCCAUCGUUUUUCUGGCGGAUGGUCUCACGGCACCGGAGGUCUCGGCUCUGCAACUUCUCUCUUGUACCCUCGAGUCGGUGUUUGAUUCUCCGGAAUCGUUCUACAGCGAUGCCAAGCUGGUCCUCGCCGGCGGCGAGGAGGUCUCCGUCCACCGCUGCGUUCUCUCGUCGAGAAGCCCCUUCUUCAAGAGCGCGUUAGCAGCCGCGGCUAAGGAGAAAGAAGGAGGCGGUGAAGGAUCGUCAGGCGCCGUGAAGCUCGAGCUGAAAGAGGUCGCUAGGGAUUACGAAGUCUGUUUCGAUUCGGUCGUGGCUGUUUUGGCCUACCUUUACAGUGGCAAGGUGAGGCCACCGGCGAAGGGAGUGUCCGACUGCGUCGACGAAGAUUGCUCUCACUCGGGGUGUAGACCGGCGUUGGAUUUCGUGGUGGAGGUUCUAUAUCUGGCCUUCGUUUUCCAGAUUCCGGAACUAGUUACUCUGUAUCAGAGGCAUUUAUUGGAUAUCAUAGACAAGGUUGCAAAAGACGACAUCCUGAUCAUCCUCAAGGUAGCCAACAUCUGCGGUAAAGCAUGCAAGGGACUAUCAGACAGAUGCAUCGACAUCAUCGUCAAGUCUGAUGUGGCUAUAGUUAGCCUUGAGAAAUCCUUACCCCAUCACAUUGUCAAGCAAAUAAUCGACACCCGAAAAGAGCUGGGUCUAGACACACCUCAACUGGAUAAACAUGUCAGGAACAUACACAAGGCACUUGACUCGGACGACGUGGAACUGGUCAGGAUGCUUCUGAAAGAAGGGCACACCAACUUGGACGAUGCUUGUGCUCUUCAUUUUGCCGUGGCGUAUUGUGACUUGAAGACCACAACAGAACUGCUGGACCUUGGGCUAGCUGAUGUGAACCACAGGUGCAUUAGGGGCUACACUGUGCUUCAUGUUGCUGCCAUGAGGAAGGAGCCGAAACUGAUAGUGUCUCUCCUGACAAAAGGGGCUCGGGCUUCGGAUACAACACCUGAGGGUAUGACGGCUCUCCAGAUCGCUAAACGGCUCACCAAAGCCGCUGAUUAUAAUAGUUUCCCAGUGCAUGGCAAGCCCUCUUCCAAAGAUCGGUUAUGUAUAGAGAUCCUGGAGCAGUUAGAUAGACGAGAUCUGUUGCCCGGAGAAGCCUCUUUAUCACUCGCAAUGGCCGGAGAAGAACUGAAGAUGAAAUUGCUCUACCUUGAAAACAGAGUUGCACUAGCGAAGCUUCUGUUUCCGAGGGAGGCACAGCUUGCGAUGGAAAUUGCCCAAGUGGACGGGACGUGCGAGUUUACAUUAGCCAGCCUGGAGCCAGACCGUCUAAACGGGUCGAAGAGGACGGCACCAGACCUAAACAUAGCGCCUUUCAAAAUCCAAGAGGAGCAUCUGCGUAGACAUAGAGCACUCUCAAAAACCGUGGAGCUCGGGAAAUGCUACUUCCCGAGAUGCUCAGCGGUACUCGAUCAGAUCAUGGAUGCGGAAGACUUGUCGCAACUGGCUUGCAUAGAAAACGACACUAUAGAGGAACGGCUCCAGAAGAAGCAAAGGUACAUGGAACUGCAAGAUGCUCUAGGCAAGGCCUUUAACGAGGAUAAAGAGAACUUUGAUAAGUCAUCAAUCACUUCCUCAUCUUCCUCCACUUCUAAGUCCACUGCUUCGAGAGGACUCAAUGGUAAACUCACUCAACGGCAUUGAUAACUCUCGGGUUUUGACACUUACCCCUUGCCCCUCUCCCUUUUCUCUUUUUUUUUUGUAAUUGUACCAUUUUUUUUUUUGGUAAACGAAUUGUACCAUAUAUUUUCUCAUCCUUGUAUUAUAAUUGCGAGUUUGUGAUAUAACUCAUAGAAUACAGGUUCGUGAUACGUAUACCUUAA